AUGCGGUGGUCACUAGCGCUCGCCCUCCUCGCAGGAGUGGUCGUCGCCGAUGAUUCGACCACCACUGAUUCGUCCACCUCCUCAUCCUCAACCACCUCCAUGGACCUGUCAAAUGGCACGACCAUCACCGAUCCGACCUCCGUCGCCAUGCCCACGGGAAGCUAUGAAGUCUAUAGCACCACACUGACCCUCUCCGAUGGUGACCGUCUGACUACUACUUACGCUGUAAACGCCUCCACAACAGCGACCGGGAAUUCCACAGGUCUUCAUACAACUACCAGCGAUUCUGUCACUGUCUUGGUUGGAGGUGGAGGUGGUGGAACGACUACCUUAGGCAACUCCAGUAUGAAUGCGACCGCGACCUCGACCUCGGCCUUGCAGACGGUCACCAAUACCAGCCCGUGUAACAGCUACCCCGAGUACUGUGCGCGCAAAUACUCCAACAUCACCAUGGUCGCCGCGCACAACAGCCCGUUCGUGCGGAAAGGUAAUGCAGCUGCCAACCAGGAUUUCACCGUGAAAUAUCAAUUAGAUGAUGGAAUUCGCAUGCUGCAAUUCCAGGUUCACAACCAAACCAAUGUCAUGACGCUUUGCCAUACCUCCUGUUCAAUUCUCAACGUCGGUACCUUGGAGUCAUACCUGACCACCGUGACCGAGUGGGUUCGCACCCACCCCUUGGAUGUGGUCACUAUCCUAAUGGGCAACUACGACUACGUCUCACCAACCCUAUUCGUGGACCCAUUCGAGUCAUCCGGUAUAAUGAAUUACAUCUACACGCCACCCAAGGUUCCCAUGGCGCUCGAUGACUGGCCGACUUUAUCCGACAUGAUCUACAGUAACAAGCGGGUUGUCGUCUUCAUGGAUUACCAGGCCAACCAGACUGCGGUCCCCUGGCUUCAGGAUGAAUUCUCUCAGCUUUGGGAGACUCCUUUCUCACCUACAAAUGCCAACUUCCCCUGCACACAACAGCGCCCACCAGGUAUUUCUACGACACAGGCUAAGGACCGCAUGUAUAUGGCCAACCACAACCUUAACGUCGACUUGAACCUGGGUACAAUUGACCUGCUUAUUCCCAACACUGCUAUCCUCAAUGAGACCAACGCAGUAAACGGCUCCGGUAGUUUGGGUGACAUGGCACGCAGGUGCACAACGAAAUGGGAUCGCCCCCCUAAUUUCCUGCUUGUAGAUUUCUACAACGAUGGCAACUUCAACGGUUCCGUCUUCGAAGUCGCCGCGCAAAUGAACAACGUUACUUAUAACAAGCAAUCCUGCUGUGGGACCGAGUCCGCAGCUGUGCACGGUAUGAAUGUCGCCGGCGUCUCAUCUAUGAUCCUGGUCGUAGCGGCUAUCCAGCUUGUUCUGUCAGCGUUUUGA